AUGUUAAGUUCGCCCGCUCCCAAGAAGAAACCGGCGAAUCUCCUAUGUCCCGAGUCUGCUUCCUCGUUGACGGGGAAACUUGCCUCCUCUGAGCUCACGGAGGACGUACUCAUGCUCAUCGCGAGGUUUCUCGAGUUCACUGAGCUUCUCGAAGGCUUUACCCAAACUUGUACUGUGUGGUACUCCGUCAGCAAACGCAUCCGCGAUCUGGAUGGGAAUGGUCAGUGUAUUGAUAUAUUCUCAUACACACACGCAGAUUUGCACAAGCUCAGCGGGCUUCUGCCGCGCAAGCUCACGUCUUUGAGAGUGUCACUACCAGCUCCUGAGAGUGAUCCAUAUCGUCCAUCCUCUGAGGUCAUCGAAGCGAUUUCGCAGUUGAUUGACAAACUUCCUGACUUGCGGGUGCUUGAGCUGUUCUGCAGAAACAAGUCUGGAGCCAUCAUGUUCGAUAAUAGGGCCGUCAACAGCUUCAGAGCUCGCGUUAGAAUAGACGAAAUGGGAACCGCCGCCGAUGAGGCGUGCUCAAAGGGCUUGAAGCAUCUGCUCAUACAUCGAUGUGAAUUGGAUGUAGAGUUUGGAUAUGGACUUGCUGGCAUUUGUCCAGAUCUACGCACUUUGUGCCUCACGGGUGGUUCUCCUUUGUGCCACCCCAAGUUCGAUGUCCUGCCAACGGAUAACUUGAAGUGUCUGACGUCGCUUAUGCUUGGAGGAAGUGUGCCCAGCAGCUUUGGCUUUGACGCUUGGAUAAAGCACCACCUAUUAGAUAAUGGCAGUGCCUGCAAGCUCACUUAUGUCGAGGCGCGGGGGUCCGACCUUGAUGUGACACUGGAGACUAUGUUUGCUGUACGGCGGUGUCGCAAGGAUGUGCGACUGGACUUCUCUAUGAUGGAUUUGGUGACAACGCUUUUCAGUAUUGUGGAUAACAUAUAAUUUAACGAAAAUUCUGCCUUUGCUAUCCCUAUGAUGGAUAUGCUGCAUGUGUAACCAUCACAGUUCAUAAAGCUGUAGCUAUCUGCUGAUAGACACGCCCGCAACCUA